AUGUCUGAGCAACCCGAUAAUGCGGGAAUACGAAACACUGCUAUAGCCGAAGGCUUAUUCGAACAUUUCAAUUAUACGCCUAUAUCGUUUAUAGAUGAUGUAAUAAAUACAAUAAACGAACUGAUUUAUCAGGCAGCUGACGCAUUGAGCGAAUUUGUCAAGGAUGAAUCAAGCGAAUUGUCUAUUCCUUUCGAGGAUGUCGAGCAAGGCCUUCAUCAAUUCGAAACACUUCUUGAAGCAGCGGUAGACCAUAAUUUUGAUUUGUUCGAAGUGUACUCUUUACGAAACCUGUUCACCGUUCCGGCCGAUAUUCCAGUAGUAUUGUCCCAUCACCAAGGUAUAAAUUUAGAUGUGACUAAAAGCGAUGAAGUACAACUGGAUAGGGAGUUGGAAAAAAUACGGAAAAAUUUAUUGGCGGCCAAAGCAAUGAGCAUCAAAUUGAGAAGGGAAAUAGCAAAGACAGACAUUCGCAUACGUAAAUGUGAGAAUUAUAAAAACGAAUUCUACUAUCUCUCAUCACUUGGGAAAGAGCACAAUGUCUUACCACUUCCCGAAGCUCUGCGCGUGCUCCAGAACCACCUACAAACGAUCAAAAACAUAUAUAGUCCUCUCGAAACCAAGUACCCACUUUCUUCUCUUCCCACUCUUCCGCCGUCUUCAUCAUUUGACUCGCGCAUGGAAUACUUGAGUUUUAUUGCUCAGAAACAGACUGAGAACAUUUGGGGAAAGGGGGGGGGGAGAGUGCGGAACGCGAGAAUAUGA